GCCGCGAGCGGGCUAGGCUGCGCCCCUACAUAACUGCUGCCGCCCGAGCUGCCGCUGACGUCUUUCGAAUUGGAGACGGGGCUCGCGCGCCUGCUUAGCCGCCCGUGAGUUGCAGUAAGACAUUUUAGGAUGUCCAGAAAUGUGCAGCGACUUAGAGACCACGAUACAAAUCCAUGUCUAGUGGAAACAGAUGCCUCUAGACAAUGUAUGGAUGACAAUAACUACAGAAAGGAUAUGUGUGCCUCUUAUUUUUUAAAGUACAAAAACUGCAGAAAAUUUUGGACAAAACAUUCUGCAGUGGGAAUAGCAGCAGAGAAAUCACUCCUUCUGUGCUGUACUAGCAACACCCUUUAGCUAAUGACUUUCAAUAAUACUUGUCUGCAAACAGCUUUUUUGCAUGCCAUUAUGAUACAAAGGAGAAGAGAUGGUGUGAAACCAAAUAUGCCUACAGCAGACGAGAGAGAGAAUAUAUUGAAGUCAAUAGGAG